UAUGUGUGCGUAAUAAUUUUGACAGCUGUUUUCGUUGAGGGAAUAGAAAACACAGAAGCAAAGAAAAGCCCGUCGGGCGACUGACUUUCGUUGGCCCGUGGAAAAUCGCGAAAAUCUCUUACUACCGUUCGGUUCGUUGCGUUUACUGUGAAGAGGAAAAUUUAGCACUGCUCCUCUCGUUCUAGGAAACCACCUCGAAGAUGGACAUUUAGGUGAAGUUGUGAUUAAUCUCUAUAGUCUGUUGCCUGCGGUGUACUACAAAGUGGCCAAUUUAGCGAAAAACAGUGUCUUAUAGGAAAUUGGCGAAAGUAGCUAUCGAGAAGGGCAAAGACGAUCGGAAAAGUGCGGACAGUGAGAGAAAAGGGUGAUGAUAUAAGAAAAAAAUCGAGAGCCCCGACUAGGAGACUAGAACGAAUUCCUCACCCAUUGAACCAAGAGAAUAAGGAGAGUGCCGAUGUGGAGAGUGAAAACAUACUUUGAGAGUUAUCCGGUGGAGUCUAAAGUGAUAGUGGGGUGUGUUGAGAUAGAUCGAAAGAGAUAGAAUGCGAACAUGCUACAAAGGUCAACGGAUCCGGCCCGGCGCCCUUGGCAACAUUAACGGAUAACGGAGAGUACAAAUGUGAAGAAUAUUUUUGAAAAGUUUAAGAAACUUAGUGAAGGAUUUUACUUAAAGAAAUUACGUUGUUUGUAGACGGAAUACAUAUUAUUACAAGGAUGAAUUUAUUCGAUCAAGUGCUGCCUGCUGUCGGCUUGGUGGGCCGUUAAGGCGAUACGAAAAAAAGAAACAGUGCAAGUUAAUGUAGUUAAUGUAAUAAUCCUUUAUAAUACCUAGUUAGAAUCUACGACUAUAGUCAAGAUAGGCUAGCCGGAAAAGAGACCAGUCUCCAGAGGCCUAACAGAUCUAAAACAGUUAUAAACGAAUUCUUGUUUUCUGUGUCACUUCUUCAUCUGUGCGUUCGUGUGUUUUGCGCGGACGGAGCGAUCUUCCUCCCAAUCAUCGUUUUCAUCAACCGCAGCAACAGUCAGUCUGUGGAGCAAAAGCUUGGUCUUAAUAGUGAAGUGAACCCGAGUGAAAGACGGCAAGGCAAAAAGACGAAGAGAAAACCGUAAACCCAAGAGCAUAGCAUAGUGUGGAGGAAAUAAAAUCGAGAAAAAUUAGGACACUGUCGCGUGUGUUCUUUCCCUAUUAUGUGCAUACUUGAGUGAACUAGUAAAAAGACAAGCUGUGGUUGAAACGUCUGGCAAGGAAGUGUUCUAAUUUCAAACAUAAUCCUGGUCCGUUCAAAACCUUUACCGCAGGCUGCAGCAAUGUCCCAGCCAAUGAACACAAGUGGUAAUACUAUGGUAAAUAGUAUUGGGAAUAGCAUCGGAAACGGUCUCGCGACUAACACCAACGGCACUGGAAUGAUCGUCACCAACAACGGGCCAAGCAACAAUAUGGGAAACUCUACACCAGCCACACCGACCAACAAUUGCCAGUCGAUCAGAUAUUGCUGGGAAGCCGACAAAGUGAAAACCCUAAUCCGACUGCGAGCAGAACUGUCACCACUAUUCACUGGCAAGCGAAAUGCAUCCAAAUAUGCGUGGGCAGUCGUCGAACGAGAACUCAGUGUGCCUUUACCGAUUUCAAAAAUCAUUAAAAAAUGGAACAACCUGCUUCAGGAAUACAAGGCCAUCAAAAUGUCGGAGGAGCCCAAGCGGCGUGAAUGGCCCUUUUUCAACCUCAUGGACGUAUACUUCAGCGAUCAGGUGAAUGAUCCGACCCUACGCCUAUUUUCGUCGACAAAACGGUUCGACUCGGAUACACUGGAUGAUGCCCAGUUUGAUGAUGAGAUUAUGAACUCAACGGCUGCGGUAGCUAUUGCUGCCGCAGCGGCCGCAUCAGCUGCCGCAGCAAACGCCGCUAGUCAACAAAAAAUUAAGGGCGAGCUGAUCCACGGGCAUAGCGGCGGAAGCAUGCUGGACAUCUCAGACAUAAUCGAGGAUCAUUUGGGCAGUGGCGAUUCGAAGCUGGAUCAAUUCAAGCGAGAAAUCGUACUGAGCCAAUUCAGCAAUGUGUCCGAUAGGAGUAACAAUCACAAUCGAAAGGAAAAGAAUAACAAUAAUAAUAACAACAAUAACAACAACAUCAGUAGUAACAGUAACGCAACUACAAACAACAGUAACAAUAACAACAACGGAAUCGCCACCAACAAUAGUUACAGGGAAAAGGAAAAACAGUUAAUCGAAAGCUUAAGUCAAAGUCCUGGGGCGGGACACUUAACGAACGGUGGCAUCAAUAGCGGCAGCACCGAUAGCAGUAGUUUAAAUAGCAGUCCGACAAGCCACGUGAGCAGUACCAACGGACCGAAAAUGACAAAUGGACCGUCUACGAAUGCGAACUUCAACGCCCUCCUGGCGGCGGCCAACAGUACUCACAACGGAACUACCCUGCACAGUAACAGCAGUAGUGCGAUUAGUAGCACGGACCGGGACACUGACUACGAUGAGUAUCCGAACGAAAGGGACGGCAUGUAUGACGGAGGAAGUACAAAUCUGAAAAAUCUUAAUCAGAAGUUACUGCACCAGAUGAAUGAACAUCACAACAUCGACCAGUAUCUACUUUCCUGGAGAGGCUUCCACGGAAAUAUGUGCAAAGGUUUCCACAGUCUUCAGCGGGAUGGACAAAUGGUUGAUGUCACUAUUGCCGCCGGUGGAAAAAUUUUCAAGGCACACAAACUGGUCCUUUCGGUAUGCAGUCCGUACUUCCAGAAGAUUUUUCUCGAACAUCCAUCGCAGCAUCCGAUUCUGUUCAUGACAGAUGUGAAUGCACAUCACAUGGCUGGCUUACUGGAUUUUAUGUACAGCGGACAGGUAAAUGUUAAAUACGAAGAUUUGCCCAACUUCUUGAAAGUAGCAGAAGCUCUGCAGGUGAAAGGACUACACGGAGAGAGUACCAACGACAACGAAGAGCGUGACUAUCAACAGCAACAACAGCAGCAUGCCCUUCGUUUGCAGGAGCAACAGCGUUUGUAUCAGCAGCAACAGCAACAACAAUCAAUGGCUCACCAUCAACAAAACUUGGCCCAUCAGCGCCAACAGUUGAUCCAAGCAGCCCAGCAACAAGCACAAGCAGUUGCUCACGCCCAACAACAGCAAGCGGUGCAACAAGCACAACAGGCUGCAGCAGCCGCAGCUCAGCAGCAACAGUUGAUUAAUCGUAACAGUUUCAAGGAGCUGAUGAAGGCCAAACACGCAGCCGCUGCCGCAGUACUGAACGAAGACUACUUGAACAAUAACGCAAAUAAUAAUAAUAACAACAACAACAACAAUAACAACAACACCAAUAACAACAACGCUAACCUCAACAACAACCUCAGCCCCAUAAACAACAACAACCUCUCGCAGUUCGGUGUACAGCAGGUCAAUCCAUCGAAAAAAAUGCUGGACAGUCAAAAGUACCAGAAAUAUUAUUCCAAACGGAAAUUGGUUCAACAGUACGAGCAGGAAAUGCGAGCGGAAAAACGAAAACUUGGUAUUGAAGAUGUGAUUCAAGCAGCCGCAGCCGCCAAAGCACUGAAUCUCCGACUAAACAAUGGUGGAAUGGCUAGUCCGGUGGCUCCCGGAACACCCGUCCCGAAUCCACCGGAAACACCGACCAAUGGCAGUACAAGCGGAACCGACGAAGAACCACCUCCACUGAUACAGAACAUCAAAUCCGAACCAAAUUACGACGAAGACGAAGGCAUGGAAGUGGAUCAGGAUCAUCAUUCGCCAAUGAAUAACAAUAACAACAAUAACAAUGUAAACAUCAACAACAACCACGAGGAAGAUUAUUACAGCCAGCGCGAAUCGGUCAUCGGCAAAUCAAUCAAGCAUUCCAUUCUCGAGCCAAAUAUAGUAUUAAAGCAAAGCGAUGAGUGUCUCAACACAAACAGCCAAACGGGUAGUCUUAAUCUGUGCAAGAACGUUAGCUAGGACAGAAGGUCCUGACAAACGGCGGUGUGGCGUGAGUGGGAUUAAGUAGCCUAUUAGAAUGAGUGUGAGUGCGUGUGUGUGUUUAUCAGUAAGCGUGAGUUGCCAAUUUGCAACAUGUAAUAUUUAUAUUUAUUUAUUUUUUGUUUUGUUAAAUUUGUUUAAGUUUUCUUUCUAGAUUUUAACUAAACUUGUACAUACAAUUUCAGUCUAUUUUCUCGGCUAUUUGUACGCUUUUCGUCAUUUAACUUAUUUAUCAUAUAGCUUAGACUCGUGAAGUGAUCAUAGAAGCUGUUUUGUUUUUCUUUUUUUAUAUAUUCGUAAACAACGGAGGUUUUACAGAGUACAUAUAUUUAGAAAAAUCUCCUUUGUUUCGCUCGAGGUACUGACAAGGUUUAUUUUUUUUUUCACUUUGUUCGUUCUGUUUCUAUUAAUUGUUGAUUAUUUUUGUAAGUUAAUGCCUAGAACUAAGAAUUCAAUGAAACAAAACCUCAUUUUAUUUUCAAUAACUCGGAUGUAAGUGAAUGUUUUGUGUGCGUAUGAACACGUGUGUAUUAUAAGGCUUCUCUGUCAAACGAAUAGAAAAGAGCGACGUCAUUCAAAGCCUUCAACAUAAUUUUUCUCUCACCUGUUAAUUUGUGAUCUAUGUCCGCUGCAAAGCUAUAGGGUCUGAGAACAAAAGCCGAGUAUGGCAAGUUGUAAUAAAACUUCAAAGAAAAAGAAAUUAUUAGAAGCAAAAAUGAGGUAUGCGAAACUCAGGUCGUACUUAUUUAGUUCUUGUGGUUUAAAAGAAAAACUAGCUGAAUUAUCAACGGAUUUGGUUUGCUUACGUAGAUGAUUGUUUAGUUUUUGUUGGUUAUUUGAAAGAUCUAUUUAGUUUAAUUGUUUUAUUGUUGGAAUUGUAGCGAAUUCAAAAUUCAAUCAAGAUUCUGCGAAUCUUCACAUGAACCGGAGAAAUAUCAAACACACAAAUCCAUCCAUGUUUGAUUUCAUGUCAGGUUUCCCAAUACCCAGAGAGAACGAAAAAAGUUUAAAGAAAAUUCCCAGUUGAUUAUCCUGCCAGUAUGCAAAAAUAAAUGCAAAACGAAACCCUAUUUAUGACGUUACAGCUGAACAAAAAUCUGAGUACCAACUGCCAACUAAUACAAACAGUGGCAUCUAUUGUGCAAUUAACCCAUUAAAUGUUGUGAGAAUAAUAAGUAAUUUAAUCCUAGACUAAAAAUUACACGUGCGAAACAAAAAAAAAACAAAUUAUGUUGUAGAAGCAAAAUCAAAUCUUCUCACCUCACCUUAGUCCAUGAAUGUUAAUAUCGAGAGUGGCUCUGUUUGAUUCCACACAUUGUUUCUCGCGAUUAUAUUUGUUCUUAUGUUUAAGCAUGAACUCAUAUUUACGUUAGCUAUUUCUAUUUUCGGGUUUAUUUAUUACCACUCUUCUUGUCUCCCCUUCACCGGUGCCUGUUUGGUUUAUUUGAACCUGUAUUUUCAGCCCUAUUUAGUGUUAACAGAACAAUAAGUGAUGUUUUCGUUUUCGUUAGCGGGAAAAAACAACAACGGAAAGAUAAAAUAGAAGAUUUAUAUACAUAGCAAAUGAGUGUAAUUUAAACGUUGCUUAGUCUAAGUGAGAUAUAGAUAAUUGGUAAAUACACAUACAAAAUAAUACAAAAACAUACUAUGAGUGUUAGAUUUUUAUAGAAAUAUUGAUAUUUACAACAGCAGAAUGCAUACAUGUGGAAAACAAUAAUACAAUUUCACGUCGAAGCGGAGUAAAAGAUGACUCACUAAAGAAACGUAAAAACUUUACAUACCUUACCUGAAACUAGUAAGACGAUGAAAGGACAACUAAAAUAUACUAAGUAUACACUAUAAGGCACGCUAAGGCGAAAUGAUACAAUAAUUUUAGCUUAAAAGAUACACAGCGGUGCACAAAAAUCGCAAACUACAACAUUCGAGUGAUAUCAGGCUGCAUUAAGAAUGCCGGGCACAAGUGUGUUGUAGCAACUGAGUAUCUAAUAAAAUAAUACAUACUAACAGAAUUAUUUAUGUCCAUGUGUAAUAGAUAAGUACAGCAAGAAAAAAAGCUAAAUAAUCCGACAAACUAUAAUUGUGUGUGAACAUCAACAGUUAAAGAAGGCGGGAAUUUACGAAAAUAUAUUUCUAUAUUUGUAUUGUGUAGCGUUCAGAACGCAGUUGUUAAGAAAAAUAAAGUACGGACACAAAUGCAACCCCAUAGUCCCAACCAGCCAAUCAACUCAUUGAACCAGCGAACCAGUCGUUGUCAUGACACUCCCGAAUACCCGUAGGAUAUGCGAAAACACCAGCGGACGGUGGUCUUCUGAGCCCAUUCCAGGAAGUGAUUGCAGUACAAACCGGCGUAUAUCGGGACAACGAGAGCGAAAAGUUUGAAAUAACUGCUCUCAACAAUUUCAUCCAUAGAACAAGAUUUAAAGAACGCUAGGAUACAGUUUAGUGCAAACAAGUUCAAGUUACAGCAGGCUCUUGAAAAACUAAUUAUUACUGGCAAAUGCAUAGACAUAUGAAUACGGACGCGUACACAAAACAGUGAAGAUGAAAUAUAUACGAUCUUUUUGUAGUUUACAAUACUUUAUGUUGAAAUUACAGAGACAAACAUAUUACACGAAACAUAAAACAAUGUUUAGACGAGAUUUUUUUUGUUACAUUUUAUAAAAUUGAAGUUUACUAUGAAUAUAUAUUCUAUAUAAUAAUAAAAA